AUGCCUUUUGCACGUGAACAAAUUGAAUCCAUGAUGUCGGAAAAACUAUCUAAAUCAGAUACAAUUAAAUUACGAAAUAAACAUAUUGGCCAAGCUUGUCAGCUAUUUUAUCGUUCUGAUCCGCUAAAAAUCGUACGCGGUCAGGGUCAGUACAUGUUUGAUGAAGAAGGCACACGAUAUUUGGACUGCAUUAAUAAUGUGGCUCAUGUGGGUCAUUGUCAUCCAAAAGUAGUAAGUGCCGGCUGUCUACAAAUGGCGACCAUUUCCACCAACAAUCGUUUCUUACAUGAUGAAUUGGUUCAAUGUGCAAAGACAUUAACUAGUAAAAUGCCCGAAGAGCUAUCCGUUUGUUUCUUUGUGAAUUCUGGUUCUGAAGCCAAUGACCUUGCUUUACGUUUAGCUAGAAAUUAUACUAAACGUCACGAUCUUAUCACUUUAGACCAUGCCUAUCAUGGUCAUUUAACAUCUGUUAUGGAAAUCUCUCCAUAUAAAUUUAAUCAACCAGGUGGUGAUCCAAAACCAGAUUAUGUUCAUGUAGCACCUUGCCCAGACAUUUAUGGUGGCUUAUAUACAGACAAAGAUUAUCCCAAUGCUGAUAUGGCCGAAAUUUACAGCAGACCUAUAGCCGAUAUAUGUGAAAAGCUGAAAUUACAAGGCAAGGGCGUAGCUGCUUUUAUAGCUGAGAGUUUACAAAGUUGCGGUGGGCAAAUAAUACCACCAGAUGGUUAUUUCCGCGCCGUUUAUAAUGCUGUACAUGAUGCUGGUGGCUUGUGUAUUGCUGAUGAAGUACAAGUUGGUUUCGGUCGUGUAGGUACACAUUACUGGGCCUUCGAAACUCAAGGUGUAGUUCCUGAUAUUGUUACUGUUGCUAAGCCGAUGGGUAAUGGACAUCCAGUUGGUGCUGUGGUGACUACACCUGAAAUUGCGCAUGCAUUUUAUGCUACAGGUGUGGCUUAUUUUAAUACCUACGGGGGUAAUCCAGUAUCAUGCGCUAUCGCUAAUGCUGUUAUGCAAGUAAUUGAAGAAGAAGGUCUGCAACAGAAUGCUCUAGAAAUUGGUAAUUAUCUAUUGCAGCAAUGUCGUGAGCUUAAGUACGAAUUCGAUAUUGUGGGUGACAUACGCGGUAUGGGUUUGUUUGUUGGGAUAGAGUUGGUCAAAAAUCGUGAGAAACGUGAGCCUGAUACGAAAUCAGCCCAUUGGGUCGUCAAUCGUAUGAAACAAGUUCAUAAGAUUUUAGUAUCCUCAGAUGGUCCCAAUGAUAAUGUUAUUAAACUAAAACCACCAAUGUGUUUCAAUCAAGAAAAUGCAGAAACUUUCUUGCUGGCAUUCCGCGAAUGUUUAUCUCUAUUGAGUAAAGAACGUCAGGACGUUGCACCACCAAGUGUAACCGCUUUGGACGCACUUACAUCAACGAAUAAGAUUUUUGAACAAAAGGAACGUUUAAUUAAGUCAGUUUAAAGCUUAGCUGACAUUCAUGAUAAAAUUUGGCUUUACUUUAUAAACAUAGUAGAAUAGUUUUAUGCUUUAAUUUUAAGUUAUAUAUUUAUUAGCCACAACUGUUCUAAUUGUAAAUUAGCUGUAGUUUUGUAGUAAGAUUUACUUAACCUUUUAUUUUUAGUUCAAUUGGCUAAAUUGAUGUGUGAAACAAUUUUAAAUUAUUAAAAA